GGCCAAGGGGAAGUGACGUUUCAAGGUCAUGUGACCAGUUCAGCCGCGGUGGGGAGCGCAGCGCUGGGGGUUGGGCCCGACCCAGGCCCCAAACAUGGGAUUUGCAGUGAUGCGGGGGCCCCCGCAGGCAGGCACGUCCCCUCCCAGCAUGCCGUGCGGCCUCCGGAGAGGAUUUCUGUAAGGCAGGAAACCUUGUUUGAUUCCCUCACCUCCCAGUGGAAAAGUUCAGCAGUCCAGCCUCAACUUGGAGCAGCCGAGACAGGUCACCGCUUGCGGGGAGCUGCCUGAGGGUUCGGUUGAGUGUGGAGGAAGAUGGAGGCCACUUUGCCGGCAGUGGCAGAGGAGCUUUUGAAAGAGAUAAAAAAGGCUUUCCAGGAGACCUCGCAUAUUCCUGAUGCUCUCCUGCUGGUGCUGAAAUUUGUAUUUGGCUCAUCUGCUGUGGCAGCCUUGGAUUUGGUUGAUCAACACUCAGUCACGCGACUCGUGUCUCCUAGUGGAAGGGCCGUGUACCAGGUCCUCGGGAGUUCAGGCAAACCGUACACCUGUUACGCCUCCUGCCACUUCUGCACGUGCCCUGCAUUUGCUUUCUCCGUGCUGCGGAAGAACGACAGCCUGGUGUGUAAGCACAUCCUUGCCAUGUACCUCAGCCAGGCCACAGGCGCAUGCCAAGAGCUAUCGGUCUCUGACCAGCAGCUGGCAAGCAUCUUACUGGCAGAGGAAGAGGAGGAAGGACUUGGGCCCGUGUGCUAACACCAUCUCUCCUGCAACGCCUCCCUGGCUCCUCUGAGGUACAUCGACAAACAUUACUAACAUCCCUAAGCCAACCACGUGUUGAUCAAGGCAGCUAGUUUUCCUCUCAAGCUGAAUUUAGGCUGGAAAUUAUUUAGCAGCCCUGCACCGUUGUAUUAGUUAGUUGUGUUGUAAUAAAUGUUAUGAAGCCUCAUAACAUUAGGUUGAGAUUUUGUGACUUCCACGCCCUUCAGCUCACUUGCUGCUGUGGUUCCUGCAGGAGCAUUAACUGUUUGGGACAGUGGGGUUAGGAACACUGAAGCGGCAGCUUUUUUUGUGAUUUCUUGGCCCUUCCUAAUGCUUCCCUAGUGCAGGGUUGAUCUCUUAUAGUAGGUUCUUUGCCUCAACACAUCUUUUGGGGCUGGCCUCUUCCAAGUGUACCAGCCUGGACCCAUCUGGGGUACAGCAGGUAGAAAAAUGUCAUUCCCGGGGGGAUGUAGAUGCAGCCCUCAUGAGUGGUUUAGUGUAUCAGAUGUUUAGAUGCUAUGGGGCAUAAAAUCACAGAAAGGGCUGUAACUCGUAGAAUCAGUCUGAUUUUACCAAAAUUGGCAGAAAGCGUCUAAAUACAACUGAUAAUGCAGGUGUGUAUCCAAAUAGUCCUGUGUUGGAAAGUUUGGGAAAUAUUUAAUCCCCAGUGUCUAUAUUAUGCAUUUUCCUGUACCUUUUUGCCUUCAGUUAAAGCAGAAAUCUAUAGUCACAUGACAGUAUGAGCCUGUUUGUACCAGGCAAUACCUCACAAUAUUUGUGUCAUUUGCAGAAUGGAUUCAUUUGAGAGAGGUUUUUCUGUCUGCUAUUUUUAUGAAGUUAUGUAGAUAAUAAGACUCCUGUCCCUUAAUUAUAAAACAUGUAUUUUUGAUGUUAUCUGCUCAGCUGGAGACAUUAAGCUAAACAAGCACAUACAAUACAACUAAUGUCACAGUGUCACUGAAUAUAAUGACAAUACACUGUACACAACUUAUAUAAUUGUAAGGACUCUUAGUAGAAAGUCUUGUCUGAAUAUAUUAUGAGAAUACUGUAAUGUAACAACUAUGAACUAUUUGAUAGCUAAUGCAAUGCUCCUUUGGGCCAUAUUAACUGACAAAAAUAGUCACAGAAAUUUGCAGACCGUUGAAACAUUUCUACUACCCCUCAGAAGCUGUUUCUGUGUUCAGUGCUCCGUCACUGCCACAGCUGCAUGCCUCAAGCACACCAAAUCUUCCCUGCAGCAUUUGCAUCUCCUUGUUGCACAGGCACGCUCACAGCUACGGUGAGCAUCGUGUUCCCGGACUACCCUGUUGGCGGAGACCUGGGCUAGGAUGUGGAGUUCUCUCAGGCUUGCCUCUUCCAGCCCUUCCACUUUAAUUCAAUAUUAAUUGGGCCAAAGCAGCGCCACCAGGCUCGCCGCAGUGCAGUGAUGAGGGUGUUGAGCUGGGAUGCUGGGGACCCUGGUUCCAUUCCUGAGCUAAGUGGCACACUCAUGUGAGCCUCCCUCUGUUGUUCCCUGUGUGGUACGGUGCGGAGGGUAUUAGGCGAGGCUCCAGCCACGGGACUAGGGUAUGAUUCGGACUGGCCUGGCCCCCAUCCUCCAAGGAGCAGGGCAAGGGGGAAUUGAGCCCAAAUCUCCCACCUCCUGAGUGAGAACCCGAACCACUGAGUUAUACAAUGGGCCUGAGAGUUGCUGUGACCCAAUUAUUUAAUUAAAGUGGAGCAGCUUCGGCAAGAGCACCCCACACGAGCACAUCCCUUCGCUCCACAACGAGCAAAUGCACUUGAGAGCCCGCAGAAGCCUAUCAAAUCCCUUCUCCUUAGGCCCACAGGGGCAUGAAACCAGACCACCCCUCCCUCAAAUGGCUGAGGAUCCAAAACACCCAGCUAUAGCAGAGGCCUCUGUCCCCUUUGCCGCUGCUGGUUUGUGGGGCAUUAGGCUGAUACUUAAUCUCACAGGCAACAGUUUAGCACUGAACUCACCGGACCGGGGCCAGGAGCAGGUUCCUGCUGUGGGUCACACACUGCGAUAGGCACCAAGCUCUAUAAACAGCAGGGCUCAGCACCCCCACACCAGGGGCUAGCUCAGGGAAGGUCCCAUUUUCAGCUGCCCAGCAGAGCGAGCCUAAGCACCUAACUCAGGCUUCGGAGAUCCCAGCACUGUGCUGAUGCUUUUCUAGGCAUCUAAAAGUCCAUUGUGAAACUAGUAACUGUUUUGAUGUAUUACAUGGUGCAAACAAGCUCAUCCUGUUAUGUGGCUACAGACUUUUGCCUUAGCUGAUGGCAGCAGAGUACAGGAAAAUGCAUAAAGUAUCUCCCCAGGGGCUAAGUAUGUCCCAACCAGCCCUAUUUUGAGUACACAGUUACGUAUCAAUUGUAUUUAGAAGCUUUCUGCCAAUUUUGGUCAAAAUUAAACAAUGUUUCUUCAUGUGGGCCCUGAGUGACAUUCCCCGAGCCCAGCUCCACACUGAGCUUUGUGGCUGGUGGCCGGGGUGGGCUGGCUCUGGCUCAUUUGCAAACACGGCCUGUUCUCAUCUACCACCACUGCCGGAAGGGCACGCCCAAAGGAACGACACGGCGCAAGGGGAGGUUGUUUUCAGUGGUAAAUUUAAGAAUUCCGUCUGUAUGUAAAUAACAAAGUUACUCUAACUACAGAGCCCAAGUGGCGAAUACCAGCCAUCCUAUGUCCAUCAGGAACACAUGGGUGAAGUGACAGGUGACGAACGGCUGCCACAGGCGGUGCAGAGUUCCUCUGCCAUUUUACUUGGAUUCACAUUUUGAGAAAUCUUCAGUGCUCAGUUUUUUUCCCUUCAAACAACUUAGUUAAUACAUUAAAAGACCCCAGUGGCCCAUCCCUGCUAGGGACUGGUGACAACAGCACAUGGCAAACGUCCCCCGGAGCGAGUCUGGCUCCUGACAGGGAUUUGUAGUGGAUCCUGGCCUGCAGUGUAAAUGGUCACCUACACCUGUUCCUUGAUCAGUCAUGAAGUAACUGCUGGGCCCGUGCUCUUUCACGCACUCUAAGGAGAAGGAGGCCAGCACUCGGUUUUUGUUGCAAUGACAUAUGUGGGUUGCAACCCUCCCCGACCCACAGGUGAGACCCUGGCUGUUCCCUUCCCUGCUUAACAGGGGUGAUGGGGCCAGAGACAAUCUAGAGGUUGAAAUGAGCUGAGUCCUGCUGAGAAGGCAGGAAGUGGUCACAGCUGUGGGAGGACUGGGAGCAAGGAUGUUGCAGCAGAGAUGAGCUGCAAAGGGAAGGAGCAAGACACAGGGCUGUAAUUUUAACCCUUUCUCAUACUGGCUGAAGGCUUAACAGGCUGAUUGGACACAGGUGGGACCUAACAGAAGUUGACGUCAGCAGGUGCAAUACCAUCGAAAUCACAGUUGGGAUUCAAUCAGGUUUGGCUCUGGCCCUUUGUAGCUGCAGGGUAACUAAACUGUCUCCUAGCACAAUGGAUGGUUAGAGUCGCCCAAGGUUAGAGGCCUCUGGUCCCCCAAACACCCAGUCUCACACCUGCUGAUUUACAGCAACCUCCCUCAUUGCCCCCAUCAGGUCAGAGGCUGAGUGUAAGAGAGAGGAGGGAAUUUUGUCUUAUUCCGUUUAGUGCAGUGCCAAAGAAACAGAAAGCUGGCUACAGCCUUAUUCAAGUUACAUUUAUCAAUGAC